ACUGUGCUGGCUCUCUUAUCACUCCAUCUCCCUUCUCUCUCUCUCUCGUUUCUUGAAUCCUCCCAUUUCCUUUAAUUUCUAGUACCAAGAAAAACACUUUGUGUUCCUCUGAUUCCCUAACAAAAGCUCCUCUUCACUUCCUUCUCCGAGUGAGUGUGUGCAAAAGCAGUUUGUCUGUACAACAACGGCGGCGGCGGCAGAAGAAGGCAGUACCGCUGGUGAUUCUAAACAUUUUAUUCCUUUAUUAUUCCCUUUCUUUUUCUCUCCGGUAAAGCUACCAACUUUCUUUCAAAGAGACUUUCACUUUUGCUUCUUUCUAUUACUGCCGUAGUUCUUGGUGUCUCCUCUGUCUUUCCCUUCCAGUAUCACUCCCUCACUCGCCAUAUCUUCACAUUUCUCUACUCUUAUAGCUCUUCCCGGUUUAGUGUCUUUAAACAAUCCUCUUGUAACUUUCCUUGAAGUUUCUCGUCCUUCAAUAACCACAACAGGGUCUCUUUAUAUCCAUCUCCUACCUAUCUUUCUCUUUAUUCUCCUCGUGUCCAGUCUCAAAAAGAAUCUCUCUAUCUUCUUUUGAGUCUUUCUUGUAUUCUUACACCCGUCCUUCCUGUACACUCCCGGCUUCAUUUUCCGUGCUUUGCCACGCGAUAAAAAAGAAACCCAUCAUGAAAAUGGAUCAUCCAGUCAAGUUUACUGAGCAUAGAAACCAAACCAAACUUUCAGCCCCAUUUUUGUCAAACCCGGUCCAAUACUCAAAACCACCAAAGAUUGUACGGAUAUCAGUAACUGACACAUACGCAACUGACUCUUCAAGUGACGAAGAAAACGAGGUUUCAAGAGUCUCUUCUCGUAAACGACAUGUGACAAGAGUCAAAAAGUUUGUCAAUGAAAUUACGAUAGAGCCAUCAGCACCACCAUCAAGAACCGCUGAUUGUGUCACAAGCGACACCGGUUUGAGGGCCAGACCGUCGAGGAGUGCUAGGAAGAAGGUUGGCGUUGAUGUGUCUCAGGCGAGACGGUUGCCGGCGACGGGGGUGGUGGGGAAGAAGUUUAGAGGGGUGAGGCAAAGGCCUUGGGGGAAAUGGGCGGCCGAGAUUAGAGAUCCUUUGAGACGUGUACGGCUGUGGCUAGGUACUUACGAUACUGCUGAAGAAGCUGCUAUGGUUUAUGACAAUGCGGCUAUUCAGUUGCGUGGAGCUGACGCGCUCACUAACUUUGUCACUCCUCCGGCGAGAUGUUCACCGGCUGCAGCCACCUCCGGGUACAUAUCCGGUGAUGAGUCAAAUAGCAACCACAAUAUUAACAAUGACAAUGUUAAUGUUAGCUCUCCAAUUUCAGUGCUCCGGUUUAGUGAAGAAGCCGAGUCUCAAAGUGUCGGUUCAAGCAGAGAAACCCGAAAGACCGGAAAUGAAGUCCGGGAAGUAAAGGAGGACUCCUGUGUAUCGGAAAACUUUUCCGACUUUUCGGAGCAUAAUUCCUCUAUCGACAGUCUAUUUCCUCCAACAACCGACAUUUAUGAAUUCCGGAGUUCAGUGAGGGGUAUUUUUGAGGAAACAACAAUUUUUGCUGAUGGUGGGUUUUUAAAAGAUGAUGAUUUUAGGGACAUGGAUUUGGAUUUCGGGUUCGGGUUCGGGUUCGGGUUAUCUAGCUGGAACGUUCAAGACCAUUUUCAAGAUAUUGGUGAUUUGUUCUGGUCGGAUUCUCUUAUAGCCAUUUGAAGAUGGCAAUAACAAUAUAUGAACGGCAUCGCUUUUUUUCCGGCAUCGUCAAUUUUGUUUCGGCGAGAAGCAUAUAUCGGUCGUGUUUUUUCCCAUGUAGCAGCUGUACCAAUUUUGUUUGUUUUUUGUUUUUAUUAUCUUUUGUUUUAUGUAAGAGUUUAUUAUGUGAAAUAUGAGUGUUAGUAAUAUAAAAAUUAACUCCGUCACAGUAACGGUGAUGGUAGAGUUUGGCUA